CGUGACGCUUAUUAUCGCCCUCCAUGGGAGAAUAAUUCCCCCGUUUCCCCCGAUUUAACCAAGGCGUUCCCGUAUUUUAUUUCUCGCCGAGGAGCGGCGAGCUUUAAAGGGGCCCGAUGGUCGAAUGGAAUCUCGGGAGAAUUUCCCGGGAAUUCUUGCAAAAUUGCGGCUGAGUGGACCAAUCCGAGUGAUUGGUCCUGCUUUUACGUGGAAAUGGUUCCUCCUCGGCGCUAAUGCAUCGCCCUCCUACGAUUUGUGGAAAUAAGGUCAGAAAUCGAGGAAGGGUCCCGCCUCACCUCUCGAGAGGUGGAGUGCGGAGCUAAUCAAUUUACACUCUGCCUUCUUCUUCCAGAACAGUGGGUAGACGUUAGAGGAGGAUGAUAGGUGCAGAAUGGAGCGGGUGGCUUCAACGAUGUCGGGAAUCACGAAAGCUCGUCCUCGUGAUAGUCGCCAUCGCCUUGCUGCUGGAUAACAUGCUGCUGACGACCGUAGUUCCCAUCAUCCCGGAAUUUCUGUACGACAUCAGGCAUCCUAAUGCUACCCUCAGCGAACAUCUUGAAAAUGCGGCUCCUCGUACUACGGCGGCGACGACGACGACGACGACGACCACCACGACUCCAAGAUGUCCCUGUGCCUCUUCUAACUCGUCGAACAACUCGCAAAUCGAAUUCUUGGGCAGUUUUACGACAUCCGCCGACGUCACAGUGGAGAGUACAACGGUCAACCUGACGGCUAUCGAGGAAGAGGAGAACCAACAAAGGCACAAGGAACUUCUCGAGGAGACCGUCGCCGUCGGCAUGAUGUUCGCCUCAAAGGCCUUCGUCCAAUUGUUGGCUAACCCCAUCGUCGGGCCGCUUACUCACAAAAUCGGCUACAGCAUCCCCAUGUUCACCGGCUUCAUCAUUAUGUUCCUGUCCACCUUGAUAUUUGCAUUCGGGCGAAGCUAUAGUAUUUUGUUCUUGGCGAGGGCUCUACAAGGCAUAGGAUCAUCCUGCUCCAGCGUCUCGGGUAUGGGCAUGUUGGCGGAAAGAUAUCAGGACGAUAAGGAGAGAGGCAACGCGAUGGGCAUCGCUCUCGGAGGAUUGGCACUUGGCGUGUUAAUCGGUCCACCUUUCGGAGGCGUUAUGUACGAAUUCGUAGGAAAGUCUGCACCCUUCCUCAUCCUCUCGGCUCUGGCUCUUGGUGACGGAUUGUUACAGCUGCUGAUGCUUCAGCCCUCCGUCGUCUAUACAGAGGCGGUGCCACCGUCUCUGAAGUCCCUUAUCAUGGACCCCUACAUCGUGAUAGCUGCCGGGGCGAUAACUUUCGCCAAUAUGGGAAUCGCCAUGCUGGAGCCGAGUCUUCCUAUCUGGAUGAUGGACACGAUGGGAGCGAGUCGAUGGAAACAAGGAGCCACGUUUUUACCAGCCAGCAUCAGUUAUCUCAUCGGCACUAAUCUCUUCGGUCCCCUUGGUCACAAAAUGGGCAGAUGGCUGGCCUCCUUAAUAGGACUUAUCGUGAUCGGCCUGUGUCUGAUGUGCAUUCCGCUCGCGAGGAGCAUAAAUCAUCUGAUCGUUCCAAAUGCUGGGUUGGGUUUCGCCAUUGGCAUGGUAGACAGCUCGAUGAUGCCAGAAUUAGGGUACUUGGUGGACAUUCGACAUUCAGCCGUUUACGGAAGCGUCUACGCAAUUGGGGACGUGGCAUUUUGCCUAGGUUUUGCAAUCGGGCCUGCGUUGAGCGGAACUUUAGUUAACAGCAUAGGUUUCGAGUGGAUGCUCUUUGGCAUCGCCAUUUUGAAUUUCAUGUACGCCCCGCUCAUGUAUUUCUUGAAAGCACCGCCGACGAAGGAGGAGAGAAAAGUACGCCGUGAUAAUAAUACCGCAUUGCACGCACGUAAUCAUUACCUCGGAUCUGGUUUCUGCAUGCCUGCUAAUUGUCGCCGAAAAUAGUUUAGACGCUCGCAUGUGUGGCAAAGUAAAUAAUUUUGUCGAACCGCUGACUAACGAAUCGGAGAUUUUUAAUAUUUAAUAGAUUUCAUAAGGAUCCCCUUGCACGCUUAAAAGUACAAAUACUCACUUUUGAUCGUUAUGUGAAGUGAAAUUAGUCUCACUGUGCAUAGUAAAAGACAAGAUGGCCGACAUCUCCGGUGACUUCAAUGCUUCGCUGCACGCCUUUUCGCCCUGCUAGUACGAGUGGUACUUCUUAAAAAAUCACAUUACGUGUGCUUUGGAAAAUCGCGACGCUGUAUUAUGGCUUAUGUGAGCCGAACAUUUCCAGACGUGUAAUCAUACUUAAACAUUGCAGUCUCUAAUCAUCGGCGAGAAAUCGUCGGUGCGGUACGUAACGUACCAGAACGAGGAGGAGGAGCAGUAAAUAUAGGUUGUCGAAAUUUGAGGGUUGAUGGCGACCACUUUUGAGACCAAUUCGUUAGCCGCCAUCGAGGAAGAAACGUCCUAAUUUUUUCACGCCCAGUUCCGCAUUUUUUCUUUUCUUCGCCUUAGUCGCGUCCAUCGAUAUUCGCUACUAGUAGGAGUUACAAAAGAACGUUCAAAGGGAGAGGUGUGUUCCUUUUAUUUCCGACUUUCGAAGCUCGUCGAAGGGUCCUAUACGCUUUCUGUGAAUCAAAGCACCAACGCGAUUGGAGACAUUAGAUAGACGAUUGUUAGAGAUUCCGCGAUCUAAAGGUCUUUCCGAAAUUUCCGUAGUUGUUAGACGAAGAAAAAAGGAAAAUAAGAAAGUGGUUCCCCCGAGUGAGCCCGACCUUGCGAAAUCGAAAUUCCUCGAGGAAAUUUAAGCUCCGAAAUUAAAAGUCGUUCAACACAAUCGCUCUUUCGAGGGCUGGAAAAAUCUAAGGGAAAACGGGGAGGGAAAUGUCGCAAACUCUGGAGCUCACUCGUCGCACCACCAGUGCUUACAAUUAGUACUUUUAUCACUUAAUGGCCCACUGUCGACAUAUAACGCAUGCGGCUACUCGGAACGCAUAACGAUAUCACGUAUACAUAUACCCGAUAACACUAAUCUAGAUGAAUGUCAGAAAUCUCGCGGAAAAAUUGUUGGAUCGUCCGUCACGAAGUCGCGGGUUAGACCGCCAUCUUUAACGGCGGUUCAUUUUGCAGCUUCGUAUCGAACGGCCCGAUAUGAUCGAGCGAAUGCCGCGCAAAAGGUGCUGUACUCUUAACGAUCGCACGUACGCGAAUGUGUAUUUUAACGAGCGAGUUAGAACCCACGAGGAGCGCACGAGUUAACGCUGCACUUGUAGAUAAUCGCAACGAGCGUUAGGGCGCCGCGAUGCAGGGAUGCACCUCGAGCAUCGCGGGUAUAUUUUAUAAAGUAAGCCUAGCCGGCCUUCUCUCAGCUCGAGCAUGACAAUAGUCGUAAGUUGCAUACGUGAUAAGUGAGAAAACGAGAAUAGGCAAGAGGCGCUGGAGAGGACAGGCUGGAGAACGCGUAGGGAAGUAGAAAAAGAGCGAUAAGAAAUUCAGCACCCGACUUCGACGCAGAAUAUAGAAAUAUCAGUACCGAGGAGAGCCGUGUGAGCUUUCCAAAAUUCCAAAUUCAACGUAAAAAGAAAAAGAAGAGGGGGAAAAAAAAGCACAGCGGAACCGCCCGGUCUGGAUUCCCUGAAUGGCUGCAGGGAAACCGUGCACCAAAAUGGCGGCCGGGCGCCAUGAAGAGUUCCCAUUCGGCCUGCAAAGUUGGACGCCCGAUUUCGGCCAGCGGCUUGAUAUUUCAAAUCGCCGCGAAAGCGCACGAGCUUCCCCGGACAAUUUUUCAUCCCGAAUUGACAGGACACGUGGAGAAUGCGCGCGUUGGCGCUCGAUCGAGGAUAAUUGCGAUUAUUAACCGUAGUUGUUCCGCUCUUCUUCGGCGAGCCCGAGCGCGCGCGUCCGCCCACGGCGUCGAGGACGUUGAAAACGACCCUCCAACGACAAAAUAUACGUAAAAGCGAGGCGCAAGGCGAGGGACGAAUCUUUGAACUUCACGAGAAACUUAAUGGGGAUUCGCGGCAGAAGGCUCGGUCCGGUUGUCUUCGUUCGUUCGUUUUAGCGUAGAGGAAUCGCGAUAGCAAGAUUUAAAAAAGGACUUAAAGAGACCCCUCUAGAGAUUCGUAGAAGCAAUACAAAGUACUGUACGCGUAUUUAUACGAUCCUAUAUUACACGCAUCUAUAUUACGCGGAUAUGCACGCAACGUACACAUACAUGUAUACUAAUUGGACUAGUACUUAAGGAGAGGUCAAAGGCACGCGCUGCUCUCUUGCAAUUAGUGCUCGCUUCUUUGUCGUGGUGUACUUCAAGCCGCCGGUUGAUCGCCGUUGGUCGUACGUCGUAAAUGUGUUAAGUCACAAGUUCAACUAUCGAUGUACUCAAUAUAAAAAAGGGACAAAAAAAAAGAGCAUAAGAGUUACGUGCACGCGUAUGUGCGUCGAGAUCCUAAGCUACUGAAUGUACCACUGUAGGAUAUCGUAGAGUUUAGGGGCACUUUUAAGGGGGCACGUAAUGGUAAUUAAUUAUGACGUUAUUGCACCAUUGCACCGCGUUAUCGCGUAAUUGCACCGCGUAGAGAAAGUAUACAUAUAUAUAUAAAUAAAUAAAUAAAUAUAUAUAUUUAUGCAGCGCACGAAUUAUACCGUACACGUGCGCGCGUUAAAUUACUGUAUCGAGAAUUAGUGGAUUACCGUUGAUGAUCUCUGGGGUCAUUAGUGUAAUACGUGUUAACGAGCUUAUGAGGAUGAUGUCUACUGUACUGGCUCUCGUUUCCUCGUAGAUUAGUUGGUCGCGGGGUCCGAAAAAAACAUAAAAAAAAAAUACCUAGAGACGCGUUAAUUAGAAUUCGAGAUUCGGUGGAGGGUCGCGAUUUUCCGGGGCCCGGCAGCGUCGCUUUUUUUUCUUGCUCGCUUUUCGUUGUAAUCGGUCGAUUUCAGUUCGGAAUGCCGCAAAAUGGACGUCGCUCGAUCCACGGAAAAUCGCGGGGGUUUCGCUAAUACCUCAGCUUAUUGCUGCGAAUCCUUAAACUUAACGAGGACGCAUUCGUGCGUCUACUCCCGGUAUGAAACGCGAGUCAAUUUUGUCCCUUGAUUCGUCAGGCGCCAUUGCGAUCGCUAAGAUAUAUUACAUUAAAAAAAAAAAAAAGAAAAACAAAAUGGGUGGAACCAAGACUCUUGGAGCAGGCUCUCGUACAAUGGCGGAGAAACUUUUAGAGGAGUAGUUAUUAACGUCGAAUAAAAUCGCGGAGAGAUUAGCGGCGUGCGACCGGAAUGACCAGACCGUCGUCGCCCUCGUGCUGCCGUAAGGGUCGCUUUCCCGGAGCUAAGUCACGGGAAAGUGGGCCUUAUCGUGGGCGGAGGAGGCGACGCUCCAGGCGACUCUCUGCACACCGUAGGACGUGCCAAUCGUGGUUCACGUGUUUUAUUGAUAAUGUAUUUUGUAAAUAUACCUCGCGAGAGUAACGUGGGCAGCCGUUGCCCAAUAUUUCGAAAGGGAGUACCGUGCGGUUUGGAGGAAACGACUCGGAUAGUCGGGAAUAAUUUGGGGAAAGGCUCGUCGCUCUCUGUACGAGCGCUCGUAUUUUAUGAAAGUGGACGAAGAUAAGAAAGGGUCGGUUUAGGUUUCGAUGAAUUUGUGCUCGCGGAAUUUCCCAUGAUUUUCGAUAUUUCUCACGGGGACUCGUCGACUUUGUCGGCUGGUCAGUUUGGGGAAGAUCUCUGCUCUCGUUGGACCGUUUGUUGACUGUAAAAAGCUAAAAGGGAGCCUAAGUAGAGGUCUUGUAGAUAAGAGAAAAACCUAUAGAGAGAUCGGCGCAAGAGGCCGACGCUUGUCCGAAUUGCCGAUGCAAUCAAGUGGUUUUUAACUGUAAAAAGAAGCUCAGCCUGCGGACGUAGGGUGUAUCCAUUGUAUACAACGAACGACUCGUCGUUACUUUGACGUUGCAAAGUCAUUAACAAUUUUUCCCUAAUUUUCUAGUUCCUACAUUAAAAAAGAAAUUCGGGAAAACGCGUCGAAGGAAAGUACGCGUGGAUAUUGUACAAAGCGAAGGUCUUACUUUUAACUUAUGCUCGGCGCAAAUUGACUAAUUUCUUCAUAUCUUUCAUUUUUGAAACGAUCCGAAGAAUGUCCCAAGUCUUACAGGCGCACUGUAGUAAUUGUACCAUAGAGACUCUCAUUUAUGUCACAUGUACUCUACAUGAUAACCGUAUAUAACGAAUUUCUUUUUCUUUUUUUUUCCUUUUUAACAGUAUGUUCUUACUAUCGACGUCUUGUCAUAGAGGCGAUUUGUAAACUGACGUCCCUAGCCCGUUGCAGAUUGAUAAUGAUUUUAUCGGUGUGCUCGAUUAGUGUCUCUGGAUAUUAUCAUUAAUUAAUCGGCAGUCUCGUUGACGGCAUUGAAUUUUCGGAAAUUGAGGUAGAGUCUAAUUGGAGAUAUAACAAGUGGACGAUUAGAACGAUGAAAGAGAUGGAAGGGAAGAAAAAAAAAAAAUUGAUCGGGGGUUUGUCUUGUAUUUAUCACGUCUCGCGACCCCUAAUUUUCAUGCCGAAGCGAAAUUAAUAACUCGUCGAGGGCUGCUAUGGUGAACAGACAAUAAGCAAAGAAUAUGGAACUCCCCACGGUUGAGAAGGAGAACUUAUCGAAUCUUCGAUUGAAACUGCGAGACUUAAGCUGCUCACGCUUCUGGAGUCGAAGUCUGAUUUUGUAGACACUCGUGUCGAGGGAAUUGCCUUUUCCGUAUCCUCUCUUAAAAAAAAUUACCGAUUACAACGUUUAACCCUCUUCUACCUUCCCCUGAACGUCAGGGAGUGGUUCAAACCGUUGACAAAAAAAUCUCUUAAAAUUAAUCGAUGCCCUCAUUACGAUUUUAACAAGGAGCCAACGCAGAGAGCAAUUCCCUCGAGACCGCGCAAUUAAUCCAUUUUCUAAUUAGAGAAGCUCCGCGCUCGCAAAAGCUUCCUUUCGCGGAGGCUUCUUGGAUAACAAGGUGGCCAGCUUAUAGUUUGUCAGUGACUUAGUCGCCUACGAUAAGUAAAUCAUAUCGUUGUAUCGUAAUGUCUAAGCAGCUGGUGUAUGGGUCCGACUAAUGCCUGUAUAGUGGAACAAGUGAAGAAGCGGAGGAGAAAUAUUAGUACUUGUCAUGAUUUCUUAGUGAUACGUAGUUUGGAUAUUUGUCAUUCCUGACGACAUUUAAAGAUUAAAGGGUUCUACGAGGCGCCAGCUCCGAGGGUUGUUAAGUUAAAAAAAAGAAAAAAAAAAUUGUCCAAUUGCCACCACGUGCAUCCGAGUAUGCGUCGAUGCGAUCUCAGAAACUGCAUUUGGAUUUGAACGGACUCGAUGAAAAUUCAUAGUCCAUGAAGAAAAUAGGCCUAAACAUGUGAAAAUCUCACGAUAGAGAGGACGCGUAGAAUGUUAACACCUUAAGACCGGAAACUCGGAAUAUCAUAUCGAAAACUGGCUCCAAUAGUAAACUCUGAUGAUAACAUGGUUCUACUCGACUAGCUUAACCGUACCGGAGUAACUCCACCAUGUAAUUGUAAUGGCUGUACAUCACGUCUAUAUAUGUAUAUGGGAACUGUGUUGUAACUAAUAA